CCACUGCUAUUUGGAAUUAUUUUCAGUUGCACGUGUUUUUUCUCCAGAAGAAGGCGCCAUGAAGUGUUUGUUGGCUCUGUUACUGUUCGGAUUGGGUUCGACCUGGGCCCAAAUCAUCACCAGCGGCCAAUGUCCAACGCCGCCGGUUGUGGAAAACUUCGAUCUGGAUGCGUUCAUGGGCGAAUGGCGUGAGGUGGCCCGUUACGCGCAUCGCUACACUCAAAAUACCCACUGUAACUCGGUCAUCUAUUCGCCCAACGAGCAUCCGGUUAGAAACGUUUGGGUAGAGCAUAAAUACAUCGUCUAUCCUGGGGCGGUCAUGAUGUCCAGCUAUGGAGUAGCCAUGCACAAUGAUGAACAAGGAGCCCGGAUGAAUGCCAGUUUCAGUGGAAUGCCUGAUCCAUUUGGAGAUUACUGGGUAAUCGACACAGACUAUACCAACUUUGCUUUCAUCUGGGGAUGUUUCCAAGUUUCCGAUAACAUCAAGGGAGAAUACUACUGGCUCUUGUCAAGAGAUGAAGAUGACUUCUCAGCUGAUGUGCAGAACCGUGUGAAUGAGUUGGCUGAAGAAUAUUUGAUUGCACGUCACAUUGAAACCACUCGACACGAUUUGUUCUACUGCGUGAAUCGUGUUGAGCCUGAUGGCAAUGCUAAAGUUGAGGAGGGCAAUGUUGUCGAGAGCAAAGUUGCAGAGAUGAGGAGCAAACGUGUGAACGUUUAAUGAAGAUUGUUGUCUGUGGAACCAAGAAAAAAUUAAAAUAAAAUAUGAAAUCGUGUUUACCGGAAAAAUAAAGA